AUGGAGGAGCGGGGCGAUUCCGAGCCAACUUCCGGCUGCAGCGGCCUGGGUCCGGGCGGUGUUCGCGGCUUUGGUGACGGCGGCGAAGCUCCCUCGUGGGUCCCCGAAGAUGCCUGGAUGGGCACUCACCCUAAGUAUUUAGAAAUGAUGGAAUUAGAUAUAGGAGAUGCCACCCAAAUUUACGUAGCAUUCUUGGUUUACCUGGACCUCAUGGAAAGCAAAAGCUGGCUUGAAGUAAACUGUGUAGGAUUACCAGAACUCCAGCUCAUCUGCCUUGUUGGUAUUGAGAUAGAAGGGGAGGGGUUACAGAUUGUGGUGCCUACCCCCAUCACUGCUUCUCUCAGCCAUAACAGGAUUAUUCUCUUAGAAGAUGACAUCUAUGUUUCCUGA